AUGGUUUGCAUAAAAAAGAUAAAAGAAAUACUAAUAAGUUGGAAUAUAAAUCCAGAAAAAUUCUAGUAUUUAAUUUUAGCUUAAUAUCUUUAAUUAGUUGUAGCGUCAAAAAGAAGAAUAGAAUAUAUUAAGAGAACCUUAAAUAAGAUUUUAAUUAAGGGAAUGAAUGGCUAUUUAAGAAUGAGAAAAUUGAAAAAGAACCUUAAACUGAUAUUAAAAAGUUGAAUGUUUGA